UCAUCUCCCCCUGCUAUUAUAAAUCUGCCAACCCUGCUCCACUGGUUUCCCACCUCUUCCUUUUCCCUAAGCUUUUCAAGAACAAAAUUAAUUAUAAGAGCCUAUAUAGUUUCUUUCUUCAUUUAGUGGCAUUCCAUGUGCUCUGGAAUCACACAUAUUUAUGCUUUAUAUGCUUAGCUAUAUUAGCCCCACCGUCCAUUCUUAAUUUUACACCUUUUCAUAAUAUUUUUAUAUAUAUACAAUCUCUUCUAUAUAUCUGUCUCCUCCAUCUUUCAAUAUAUAGUCCUGUCUUUUCUUCUUAUAUAUAUUAAUUAUAGUUUCAGCAAAAUCAAGCUCUGUUAAUUAUUAGUGCAAAUGGGUGAAGAAGUUAAACAGGCAGAGGCUAAGGCAGAGGAGGAGAAGGUGGAAGAGAAAAAGGAAGAGGAGAAGCCAGCUGAAGAGAAAAAGGAGGAGGAGGCGCCGCCAAGAGCACCAUCUCCUUUUGUGUUGUUUGUGGACUUGCAUUGUGCGGGAUGUGCCAAGAAGAUCGAGAGGUCCAUUAUGAAAAUUAGGGGUGUGGAGGGAGUAGUGAUGGAUAUGGCUCAAAACCAAGUAACUAUAAAAGGAAUUGUGGAACCUCAAGUUGCUUGCAAUAGAAUCAUGAAGAAAACCAAGAGAAGAGCUAAAGUUUUGUCUCCAUUGCCUGAAGCUGAGGGUGAACCAAUGCCCCAAGUUGUCACCUCUCAGGUUAGUAGAUCAACAACCGUGGAGCUAAAUAUAAAUAUGCACUGUGAGGCCUGUGCUGAGCAACUUAAAAGAAAAAUACUUAAAAUGAGAGGAGUGCAAACAGUUGUAACAGAGUUGAGUACAGGAAAGGUAACAGUGACAGGGACCAUGGAUGCAGAAAAGCUGGUGGAUUAUGUAUACAGAAGAACCAAAAAGCAAGCUCGAAUAGUGCCACAGCCAGAGCCAGAGCCAGAAAAGAAAGAAGAAGAGAAAAAGGAAGAAGAGAAACCAACAGCAGAGGAAGCAAAACCAGCACCAGAAGAAGAGAAAAAGGAAGAAAAGGAAGAGAAGAAAGAAGAGGAAAAACCCCAAACAGCAGCAGAAGAACCCAAAAAAGAAGAAGGUGAAAUUAAGGAACCUGCAGCAGAGAACAAAGAAGAGGAGGGCAAGAAAGGAGGAGAAAGUGAAAUCAUAACCACCAUUGAUGAAGAAAACAUGAAGAGAAUGAUGUACUAUUACCAACCACUUUAUGUGAUUGAGAGAAUCCCACCACCUCAACUCUUCAGCGAUGAGAACCCUAAUGCAUGUUCCAUUUCAUGAUCAUGUCCAUCAGUCAUCAUCAGUCAAAUUUCUAUAUAGUAACCAAUAUUAAGGUGCUAUAUACAUAUAAAUAUAUAUAUUUUUAUGUACUCUACCAUAGGUAUAUAUAAACAUGCUUGUAUGUACUUCCACUCUUGAUGAGAAUUUUAGAAAAGCUUCAUCAGUGGAAGGUGUUGAGUGAUUUCUUGGGAGGGGACUUGAACAUCUUCAAGUGCAAACCCAUCAAUAAUUAACAAUCAAAAUCAUCAUAUAUUCUCA